GGGAGCGGCGUGGGGCAGGACGCGGCGCUGGGAGCCGGGGCGGGCGGUGUUGGGGGCGGUUUGCUGGCGCUCCCUCCUUCGGCCUCCAGCGGGGGCGGCCCCGGGGCGGGCGCUUGAGGCCGCAGGAGCUGGGGGGGGGGAGACGCGGGCGGCCUUAGGCCGCGGCGAGGGCCCCGCGAUGCCGCUGCUGUUCCUGGAGCGCUUCCCCUGGCCCAGCCUCCGCACCUACACGGCCCUCAGCGCCCUGGCCCUGCUGGGCACCGCACUCAGCGCUUACCGCGCCCUCAGCCAGGCCGCCCAGCCGGCCGAGCCCCCGAGCCGCGGCGGCCCGCGGGCCUUGGACAUCGUGUACUACCUGCUCUCCGACAGCCUCUGCGUCUGGGUACUGGUGAACACUGCCUGCUGUGUUCUGAUGUUGGUCGCCAAGCUAAUCCAGUGCAUGGUGUUUGGUCCUCUUCGUGUCAGUGAGAGGCAGCAUCUCAAGGAUAAAUUCUGGAAUUUCAUUUUCUACAAGUUCAUCUUCAUUUUUGGCGUGCUGAACGUUCAGACAGUGGAAGAAGUGGUGAUGUGGUGCCUCUGGUUCUCUGGACUUGUGUUUCUUCACCUUAUGGUUCAGCUCUGCAAGGAUCGCUUUGAAUAUCUUUCCUUUUCUCCCACCACCCCCAUGAGCAGCCACAUCAGAGUCCUGACCCUGCUCAUGGCCAUGCUCCUGUCCUGCUGUGGGCUGGCAGUCGUCUGUGGUGUCAUUGGCUACACCCAUGGGAUGCACACCUUGGCUUUCAUGGCAGCAGAGUCUCUGCUUGUGACAGUCAGAACUGCACAUGUGAUUUUACGAUAUGUGAUUCACCUCUGGGAUCUCAACCAUGAAGGAACAUGGGAGGGCAAAGGCACUUAUGUCUACUACACAGAUUUCAUCAUGGAGCUGACCUUGCUUUCUCUGGACUUAAUGCAUCAUAUUCAUAUGCUGGUGUUUGGCAAUAUCUGGUUGUCAAUGGCCAGCCUGGUGAUCUUCAUGCAGCUUCGCUACCUCUUCCAUGAGGUUCAGCGAAGAAUUCGGCGGCACAAGAACUACCUGCGUGUGGUUGGAAACAUGGAAGCCAGGUUUGCAGUUGCAACACCAGAGGAGCUAGCAGCCAACAAUGAUGACUGUGCCAUUUGUUGGGACUCCAUGCAGUCUGCACGUAAACUCCCUUGUGGCCAUCUCUUCCACAACUCCUGCCUGAGGUCCUGGUUGGAACAAGAUACAUCUUGCCCCACCUGCAGGAUGUCUCUUAAUAUCACUGACAGCCACCAUGUGAGGGAGGAUCACCAGAGGGAGAAUCUGGAUGAGAACCUGGUCCCUGUGGCAGUAGCAGAAGGCAGACCACGCCUGAACCAACACAAUCACUUCUUCCACUUUGAUGGCUCUCGAAUUGCCAGCUGGCUGCCCAGCUUUUCAGUAGAAGUGAUGCACACUACAAACAUCCUUGGUAUUGCACAAGCCAGCAACUCCCAGCUUAAUGCUAUGGCACAUCAGAUUCAGGAGAUGUUCCCUCAGGUUCCUUAUCAUGUAGUUCUCCAGGAUCUGCAGUUAACUCGUUCUGUGGAGAUCACCACUGACAACAUCCUGGAAGGACGCAUCCAAGUACCUUUCCCCACACAGCGUGCAGAGAGCAUGAGACCUGCACUGAACAGUUCCCUGGAACGACACAGCACUGAGCAGGAGGAUGCUGAAACUGUCACCCAGACCGAGAGAGUGCCACUUGAACUCAACUCAAGACUGGUAGAAAUGGUGGAAUUCAAUGAAAUGGAAGCAGAACCAGGUGAAGAAGAAGAUUUUGAGGCCAGGGGAAGUCGUUUCUCAAAGUCAGCUGAUGAAAGGCAGAGGAUGUUGGUUCAGCGGAAGGAAGACUUGUUGCAGCAAGCUCGAAAGCGUUAUUUAAACAAAACCUCUGAGGAGGAGCUGACCCCAGAAAAGCCCUCAGCUCCCCUGGAGGGAGCAUCUGCUGACCCCGUCACCCUGCGCCGCAGGACGCUCGCUGCCGCCGCCGAACGCAGACUUCAGAUGCAGCAGAACUCCUAGCACUCGUUGCCCCUCCUUCCUCCUCCUCCUUCUCCUCCUCCUUCUCCUCCUCCUCGUGAGCAAUGUUGAAUGAAUAAAUCAAAUACAAAAAAACACCAACAAAUCCUGCGCUUUCUGUACCAGCAGGAAAGUGUCACUUCAGAAUUCAGCUAGCUGUGCUGCUGAGUGAGCUGGCUGCCUCUCUGCUGUACAAAGCAUGUGGUCUUAAUAAUGUUUGGACAGCUGACAAAUUAACCUUUUUUUUUUGUUUUGUUUUGUUUUGUAAUAUUUUCUACAUGAUGUCAAUCCCUUCCAGGAACAAAAAGGCAAUUUCUGAACCCUGGGUGUUGCUGCUGCAGGCUGAGUGCACAGCAGAGCCUGGGGAAAUCGGCGUGUUGGGGACGAGCAGCUGUGGGUGCAGGGCACAGAGGGCACUGGCCCACUCAGCUCCAGAUCAGGGGAGGGUUCUUGCAGGAGCUUUGGAAUUUGCAGCAAACCCUGCAUGGAUGGGCAGGUGCCUGCUCCUCAGCCCCUGUUCCUGGCUGCAGAAUGUCUCCCAGGAAGUUGGCUAUGGAACGCAGAGGAGAAACGAGUUCAUGAACUGCAGCAAAGCGCCGGCUCACACCGGUCCCAGCAUGAGCUGGUUGGGUUUACUGGUGCUGGGCUCUUCUGCACUGGCAGAGGUCUGGCUCUGUUUGCUCCCCAGGGUUGUGCUUCUUUUCUUUGCCUU